AUGGCCAUUAUACAAACAGAAGUGUUGAGUAUCGAAAUUGACUUUCAGUAUAACUUCAGAUGUCGCUGGACGAUCAGCUAUAGGCAAAGCGAGAUAGGGAAGGAGGCGGAACAAGAUCAGAGGCAUACAAAUCAGAAAGGACUGCAUCAUCCGGGGAUACAUGAGACGCGCAGCGGAGGUGCCUUUCUGCUCUGGAAGGAAGAAAAGGUUGAUCUGAAAGAGGAAGAUACUCACAACCUGGGCUGUGCCUGUUAUAGAAACAUUCUCGUGUAAGAACUCGGGCUGCCAGGCCGUCGCAUGAUUUGGACAGAAGUUUUUAUUGUUAUUAUUGUUAUUGAUAUUAUUAUUAUUAUCAUCAUUAUUAUUCACAAGGACAGCAACUUCGGUACUAAGACAUUAGCGGACAUUGCACUGCAGUCAAUCUGGAGCUGGGCACGAAUACAAACACUGGUACGGAACUGAGCAGCGAUAGUGACUGAAGCUUAUUAUUAUUAUUAUUAUUAUUAUUAUUAUUAUUAUUAUUAUUAUUAUUAUUAGCGUUGUUAUUUUUUUGUGAUGAUGGCCACUUACCAAGAUCCUGAAGAUGACGCAAUGGCUUUGAUGGUCCAUGACACCAACACCUCCAUGGAGAAAGAGCGACCCAAAGAGGAACCGGGUCCAGAUAAAAGUUCUGAGAAGUCGGACCCGUCCCAAAAACCUCCAUACUCUUAUGUUGCUCUCAUCGCUAUGGCUAUCAGAGAGAGCACCGAAAAGAGGCUUACUUUGUCCGGCAUCUACCAGUACAUCAUCAGUAAGUUCCCUUUCUACGAGAAGAACAAGAAAGGCUGGCAAAACAGCAUCCGCCACAACCUGAGCUUGAACGAGUGUUUCAUUAAGGUGCCGAGGGAAGGCGGUGGGGAAAGGAAGGGUAACUACUGGACUCUGGACCCCGCAUGUGAAGACAUGUUUGAGAAGGGCAACUACAGGAGAAGACGGAGGAUGAAGAGGCCUUUCAGACCCCCUCCGACUCACUUCCAGCCGGGGAAGACUCUGUUCGGCGGUGACGGCUAUGGUUAUCUUUCUCCCCCAAAAUACUUGCAAUCCAGCUUCAUGAACAACUCUUGGUCGCUGACCCAGCCUCCCACUCCAAUGUCUUACACGUCUUGCCAGAUGGCAAGUGGCAAUGUCAGCCCAGUUAAUAUGAAAGGACUGUCAUCGCCCACCUCGUACAAUCCUUAUUCUAGAGUCCAAAGCAUGACUUUACCCAGCAUGGUGAAUUCCUACAACGGGAUGAGCCACCACCACCACCCCCAUCCUCACCACCCUCAGCAGCUAAGCCCGGCUACCGCUGCACCUCCUCCGGCCUCCUCAACAAACGGAGCCGGUCUUCAGUUUGCUUGCUCCCGUCAACCAGCGGAGCUCUCCAUGAUGCACUGUUCAUACUGGGACCACGAGAGCAAACACAGCGCGUUGCAUACAAGAAUAGACAUUUAAAUUACUGGAUAUCAACUUUCUAAGAACUACCCAAACAGCGACGACAACCGCCACAAAAAUAACCAGCGAAAACAUAUUCAAAACGGUGAUGAUGGGUUACAAAUAAUGUCUGUGCCAAAGUUUCUUGCACUGGGAAUCCUGCGCCCUGUUUGAUUCAAGGCAGUGUAAGUGACGAGACAUUCUCUACUUAAAAAGCUAGAAACAGCUUCUGGAAGCCUGUGUUUGUUAUUGCCCCGACUGUUUAGGAUUCUAAGACUUUUUUUUUUUUUUUUUUUUAAUGUGAUAGAUCUGAGAAUGUUGGUCGUCCAUUUCCAUAAGGGUGGUAGUACGUUAAUUAAAACCUACUGCCGUGAUUGAUGUUUUUGUAUAAAUGAUGCAAUGGAUCAUUUAAUGUAAGUCUUGUAUAUGUACAUGAGCAACGUAGAAUAUUUAACAGGGUAGAUGACAUUGACGCUUUUUCUUAGAAACAAAGGGCGUCGUUCGGGUUGUUUUCAGUCAUGGAUUUAGCCUUUUUUGUGACAAGGAAGAAUUGUUCCAACAGGUAUUAUACUGAGUGAAUGUAUUGUAGACAUUUUACAGAUCUGUACAAAACCCUAUGAACGUUUCUGCAGCUAAAACUCGCCACGUCGCCAACUUACGGACAUUAAUUACUAUGGACAAGUGGAUUUGUGAGAUUUUUGAUGCACAGUACAUGUAUUAAGAAAGUUUCACAUUGGCCUGUAUGUUAGUCUCUUGCCCCCAUGUGGAGCUUUGAAUUGUGUUUGUCCUCUGACUUAUAUAUACAGUAUUUGUAUUUUUAAAAAGAAAAAAAACGUUUGUUAUAGAACCAUACUGACGAUAUUUCAGGGCCAGUUUCAAUUUGCUUUCAAAUUGUCGAAAUAUAAAAUACUGUCUCAUACAAUGUUGGGACCAAUCUACAAAAAAAAAAAAAAAAAAAAAAAAGAAAAGUAAA